AUGUACACACUGGCUUUUCCUACCGACUUUGGGGGGAGGGACGUCAGCAUUGAAGCAGCAGAGAAGGGCAGUGGUGCAGGGCAGUUCCCUAGCUGGCCCUUCAUUGCACUCCUCCCCCUGGGAACUCCCAUGUGUGUGUAUGUGCAUAUGCAUGAGCGUAUGUGGAUGUGUAUGCGUGGGAGUGUGUGUAUGUGUUUGCGUGGGUGUGUGUGUAUGUGUGUGUGUGUGUGUGUGUGUGUGUGUGUGUGUGUGUGGGGAGGCGCGCGGGCAUGUGUGUGUGUGUGCAUGUGCGUAGGCGCGUGCGCGCGCGUGUGUGUGUGUGUGCGUGUGCAUGUGUGUGUGUGUGUGUGUGUGUGUGUGUCUGUGUGUCUGUGUGUGUGUGUGUGUGCACGGGGCAUGGCAGUUCGCCCAGCAGCCAACGGCCUAUGUCCGGACGUGCCGUGCUGGCAGGCCCGCCUGCGCUGCCUGGGGGCCCUCGGCCGCAUUGCAGGCGCGUCGCACGCGCUGCUGGCGGAGGCGGCAGCAGCGGGCACGGCCAUGGAGCGACACCCCGACCUGCUGCGUGCACUGCUGAGGGAGUGCCAGCGGGCCAAUGACAGUGACGGGGCAGCCUUUGUGCGCAACAUGCUCGCCAUGUCCCAGCGACACUCCUAG